CAGUACGUCGCCCGGACACUUUGUUGAUCAUUUUAGGCGUAGGCUAUUUUCAUACAUUUAGCAUCCAGCAUCUUAUUUAGCAACUUAUCUAAGACGCAGCCUAAAUAAAUGAAUAUAUAACAGAGGUAAAUAACAACUUGAACUGCAACUCAUUAGGUUGAUCAGGUGCUGUUGCGCGCGCCUGUCGCUCUCUCGUGGCGUCUGAUUGGUGAAACUCGCGUCGCUCGCGCUGGCGUGCACGAGGAGGCUGUCCGUGGAGCCAGUGUGCGCGUUAUCGCGCUGAUUCAAAGUUAAGGUGACCGUCAGACCGCGCAAGACCGAUCGGCACAUGUACUGGCAUAAUUCCGAAACGUAUGACAGAGGCGUGUGGACACUCUGGCGCACAGGUGUUAAGUCACGCUUAGAUUCGCUUUGAUGAACUGUGAGUGCGUGUGAUGUGAUGUGCGGGAAAUGUGGUGCUGGACGGUCUGAAGUGACUCAUACCAACUCACUGUGAAGCCGGACUGCACACCCGGACGCGAUGAGGAGGACGACCGUGAUGUCGCGGACGCAUUUCGGAGAGUAAACGCAACUUGUGAUUUCAUCCUGCGCCAUGUAACUUUGGCACCGACAUGUAAACCAGAGAAAAACGACAGUUUUGGACGUACCGGCAGACUUAUAAUAAUCUGGGGAAUCUUUUAUCCUGUUCGGCAUUAGCACGUGCGCUCCUCGCAAGGAUGCCUGGUGUCCUGGGUCUCUACAUCGGGAUGGAGGUCCUCAUCGCCCUUUCCUCCGUCAUUGGGAAUGUGAUGGUGGUCUGGGCUGUGAGAAUCAACCGAUCUCUGCGAGACACGACCAUUUAUUUCAUCGUCAGCCUUGCUCUGGCGGACAUUGCCGUCGGGGCACUUGUCAUUCCUCUGGCCAUAACCAUAAGCAUCGGGCUGAAGACUCAUUUUUACAGCUGUCUGCUCGUUGCGUGCACUGUACUGGUGCUAACGCAAAGUUCAAUACUCGCCCUCCUGGCUAUUGCUAUUGACCGCUAUCUGAGGGUCAAGAUACCAAUGAGCUAUAAAAGAGUGGUGACACCAAAGCGUGCUGGCACCGCAGUGAUGGUGUGCUGGAUGGUGGCCAUCGUAGUCGGCCUGACGCCCAUGUUGGGCUGGAACAAUCUGGAGAAGCUACGCCAGACCAACGGCACCUUGGGUGCUGACCUUCUCGUAACCUGCGAGUUCGAGAACGUCAUCAGUAUGGAGUACAUGGUCUACUUCAACUUCUUCGGGUGGGUGCUGCCGCCGCUCGUCCUCAUGUUGCUCAUCUACGCUGAGAUCUUCUACAUGAUCCACAAGCAGCUCAACAAGAAGGUUACCGCCAACCAGACCGACCCCACUCGAUAUUACGGGAAGGAACUCAAGCUGGCGAAAUCUCUGGCGCUGGUGCUCUUCUUGUUUGCAGUCAGCUGGUUGCCGUUGCAUAUCCUGAAUUGCAUCACUCUCUUCUGCCCUAGUUGUGAGAAUUCAAUGUGCCUUCUUUACGUGGCUAUCUUGCUCAGUCAUGGCAACUCCGCCGUCAAUCCCAUCGUUUAUGCAUUCCGCAUUAAGAAAUUCCGUAAUGCUUUCGUUAAGAUCUGGAAACAGUAUGUGUGUUGCACGGAGGAUCCUCGACUGGGCGAUCGGCCCAGCUUUCGCAUAGACAGCAAAGAGAGAAGACUGCGGGACAACGACAUCUGAAGCUACGCUAACCAGGUCUCCUCCAUGAGAAGCGCUUGUUGAAGUAUGACCGUAUAGAUGCAUGGAUGCUGUCAGUCGUGAGAAUGUGUUUGCUGCAGAAAUGGAGACGAUCGAACAUUACUGGCAACGUUUCCUCAAACCCAGUCAAUGGUGCAUAGAACGAAUUGCAUCGUUAGGGUGGGACCAUUAAAUAAAUGAAAAUGGCCUGUUUUAAAGGAAUAGCCACACAGGCAUUCGCAUCUGUGGGAAAAUCUUUAUUCAGUUAUAUGAUUUUUUUUUUUUUUUGUGCUGUGGUUCAUUCGAAUGCGGCAAUCACAUAAAGGGCUUUGUAUAAUGAAU